CCAUCAAAACAUUGUGCUAGGAUUUGGAUUGGAUUCAACAGUCUUAGUGCUUAGCCCAGAUAAACAGGACUAAAUCUACAGUAUUUUCUUUAAACCAGGGAGGAAGGAAUAUCAGACAGAAUCAAGAUGUUUGAUGUGUUCGGGUCUGUCAAAGGCCUCAUCAAACUAGACGAAAUAUGCAUCGAUAAUAAUAUAUUCAGGCUUCACUAUAAGGCAACAUUUAUAGUGUUGGUGACAGCUAGCCUGCUGGUCACCUCUAAGCAGUAUAUAGGGGAUCCUAUUGACUGUAUUGUCGAGGAGAUUCCACAGAAUGUGAUGGAUACCUACUGCUGGAUACAUUCAACCUACAGUAUAUCAGAUAAGGUUGAUGGGAAGAUAGGGACAGAUGUAGCGCAUGCUGGAGUAGCUCCUCCUCCUGGAGAUGGGAGUGGUAGAAAGUAUCAUAAAUACUAUCAAUGGGUUUGUUUUACUCUGUUCUUCCAAGCUGUUCUCUUCUAUGCACCUAGGUAUCUUUGGAAAUCCUGGGAGGCUGGAAAAUUGAAAAUGCUUGUUCAAGGUAACCUCCCCCCCUUGUCUCGCCCUUGUAUUUGAUAGGAAGACCGUAAGAAGAUCCUUGUCGACUACUUUACAACAAAUAGGCAUAAUCACCAGUUCUACGCUUAUAGAUUCUUCUUCUGUGAGUUCCUGAACUUUGUGAACGUGUUGGGUCAGAUCUACUUCAUGGACGUGUUCUUGGGCGGAGAGUUUACAACCUACGGAAGUGAUGUUGUGAGAAUGUCGGAGCUAGAACCAGGACAGAGGACGGAUCCUAUGGCCAGAGUCUUCCCAAAGAUGACCAAAUGCGAGUUCCAUAAGUUCGGUUCCUCUGGAACAGUCCAGAAGUUUGAUGCGCUCUGCGUGUUGCCGCUAAAUGUUAUAAACGAGAAAAUCUACGUCUUCCUCUGGUUCUGGUUUAUCUGUGUCACUCUUAUCACAGGAAUCCAGGUCUUCUACAGAAUUAUUAUCAUCUUCAGCGGUAAGAUGAGAGAAAUGCUUCUAAAAGCCAGAUCUAGGCUUACUCCUGCCUACCAGAUUGAGAGUAUAUGCCAAAAGUUCCGUGUGGGAGACUGGUUCCUCCUCUACCAGCUUGGAAAGAAUAUUGAUCCUCUGAUCUUCAAGGAAUUCCUCCAUGAUCUAAACCACAGGCAGGACAGCAAGGAGUACUCGUAACCAAUGCAACCAAACCUCUAGUCGUAUCUUUAUCUUUAAAAAAGAGUGCUUUAAGUUUUGAGAGAUGGUUCAGGAUUCGUUCCAAAUCCUCUUUUAAAAUUCAUAAAAGGCCCUUUUUCGCUUACUCUUUGCUACAAUUCUCUUAAUUUAUAUUUGCUAGUCCACAUACCGACUCUUUUCAAAAACUUGCCAAGUCUUUUAGGAGGAUAUUGGACUUUAUCAAAAUAUAUAAUUAGAAUUCAUUUAGGAGUUCAAUUCUAGAAUAUGACUCCUUUUAACUAUAUAUCAAGGAGUUCAAUUUUAGGAUAGCCUGUAAACCAUGAUAUUCAAGUGUUAGUUCUAGAAUAGGACUCCUUUUAUCCAUAUAUUUAGGAGUUCAAUUCUAGAAUAGAACUCCAUUUUUACCAUAUAUAAUUAGGAAUUCAAUUCUAGAAUAGGAAUCCUUUUAACUAUAUUUGAAGAAGUUCAAUUUUAGAGUAGGACUCCUUUUAAACAUAUAUAAUUAGGAGUUCAAUUCUAGAAUAGGACUCCUUUUAUCCAUAUAUUUAGGAGUUUGAUUCUAGAGUAGGACUCCUUUUAUCCAUAUAUUUAGGAGUUCAAUUCUAGAACAGGACUCCUUUUAACCAUAUAUUUAGGAGUUCAAUUCUAGAAUAGGAUUCCUUUCAACCAUAUAAUUAGGAGUUCAAUUCUAGAAUAGGACUCCUUUUAACCAUAUAAUUAGGAGUUAUAUUUUCGAAUAGCACUCUUUUUUAUCUAUAUAUAAUUAGGAGUUUAACUCUAGAAUAGGACUCCUUUUACCCAUAUAUUUAGGAGUUUAAUUCUAGAGUAGGACUCCUGUUAACCAUAUAUAAUUAGGAAUUCAAUUCUAGAAUAGGACUUUUUUUACACAUAUAUAAUUAGGAGUUUAAUUCUAGAGUAGGACUCCUUUUAACCAUAUAUAUUUAGGAGUUCAGUUCUAGAAUAGGACUCCUUUUAUCCAUAUAUUUAGGUCAGUUCUUGAAUGCAUUUAUCAUGGUUAUUUAACACAUUAAAUUCUUAAUCAUCAAAGUUUAAAAGAUGAAAGAUUUCUGUACUUACUCUUAGCUAUAUUAUUUAAAGCUUUAAUAACUAACAAAUCCAAAUUUAAAUCCUGAAAAUCAUGGAUAUAUUUAAACCUAUCUUAUGACCAAUUAAUGUAUCGUAUGAUUCUCAAUAAAUCUAUUUUUUCAUGACA